ACGAGGCACAGAGCAAUCAGAUCAAGUUCGCAGGCACGCACGGAUGCGGUUACCGAAGCGCGCGCACGUUCCGGCCAAGAGCCGCAACUCCUCCUCAAACCCCACACGAGGCCGCCGAUCAAAGCCUCAAGCAGUAGCAAAACCGCCCGUUACACCACCGCAAGGCCACGCACCUCCGCCACCGCCGAUGAAGGGCGCCGAUGCCGAGCCCGAAACGGGAUCCUCCCCGACCAUCGACGUGUCGCUGCCGGCGACGCAGACGGCGCUCCGGCGCCCUGCCCAAGUGAUAGAGCGGAAGCUGGACGAGUUGGACGCCUGGCUUACCAAGGCGCUCGCCUCCCGGCCCCGGCGCUCCGACGUGGACGGCAGCCUCUUCACGGAUAUCGGCGCCAAGACCGACUUCCUCCGCAUGCUCAUCGCCGCCGAGCGGGACAGCUACCGCGGCGCGCUGCCCGAGCAUCUCGUCGAUGUCGAGUGGCGAUUCGGCGUCCUCGAGAGGACGAUCGAGGAUUGGGCGCACAGUGCCGUCGCCGCGCCGACCAAGGAAGAAGAAGAAUCUGAUGAGGCGGCGGCCGGGUCAGCGUCCGGGUCCGUGUCCGGGUCUGGCGGCUGCUCGUGCACCGACUCCUGCUCCGGAUUUGAGGUAAUGGGCAAGGAGGCUGCGUUCGACGCCAAGUGCAAUUUGGACCAGGAUGACGCGGAAGCACACAAGGUCAAGGAGGCAGCGGCGGUGGCAGCGACAGCGGCCGCAGCAGCACCGAUAGAAGUGCCGUCGGCGACAAGGACUACCGCUCGGAGGCGCUGGUGGACACGGCGGGCUGCAUUGUGCGGCGCUGCCGCGGUGGUGGCGGUGGUCGCGCUCGGGGCCGGGCUGGCGUUAGAGUUUGCCGCGGUGGCUCAGCAAUCUGCUUAUGUUGUUCCGACGUAGAGUACAUGGCGGUUGUUUAGUUUUAUCCUUGUUUCUUCCGUUUGUUCUCAGUCUUGUAAAGUUCAAGCCAAUUUGUCAACUCUUAUUUUCUCUGACAGGCAAAGUUGUGAUCUUCAUAGUAAUUCAAAUCUAGAUUUGUACUCCUUCAGGAUAAUUGAUUCGCGCUGUCUUUCUGAAA